AGUGGACUCCAGUCUCCAGUAUGGUUUGAGGCCUGCGCGGCCUGAUUGAGGGAAAAGUGGAAGAAAAGGCGCCAAACGAAUGGAGGAGACCUUCGGAGAGCCAUGGCCCGAACUCAACGAUGGCCUAGCCUACAAGGAUGUAUUCCCACAUUCUAACACUGCUUCAACAACCCUGGUGGAAUUCUACUCAACCAAGUACAAUAACUCAGCCCCCCUCGAAGGUUGGUUACAAAGGAUACGGAAUGGGCAGAUAAUGGUUGAUGGCCAAGUUGUAAAGGAUCCCGACACAAUUCUCAGAGAAGGUUCGAAAUUAGUCUAUCAUCGUCUUCCUUGGAGAGAGUCAGAUGCACCGUAUUUGCUGGAAGUUCUUUUCGAAGAUGAUGACUUGAUUGCUUUGAAUAAGCCUUCGGGUCUACAAGUUCUACCUGGUGGACUUUUCCAGCAAAGGACGGUUUUAACCCAACUCCAGUGGAGAGCAAGUAAAAAGGCUUCUUCUUCAUGUGGGCUUUCACAAGAACCACUUCCGGCUCCUGUUCAUCGACUUGGUAGGGGCACAUCAGGAAUAUUGCUCUGUGCCAAGUCAAAGCUUGCCAAAGCCCGUCUUGCUGCAUAUUUUGCUGAUGGGACAUCAACUAUUGGGAAUAAGAGGGAAACCAACAUGGAUCUCGGGGUAAAAAGGAGGAUUACAAAGAUAUAUCGAGCAUUGGCCUCGGGAAUAAUUGAUAAAGAUGAGGUUGUCAUAACGCAACCAAUUGGAUUGAUGCGAUACCCUGGGGUGGCCAAUGGGCUUUAUGUUGCUUCUCCAUCAGGUAAACCAGCACUCAGCAAAGUUGAUGUUCUUGAGAGAGAUGUACGUGGAAACUGCACAUUGGUUGAGGUUGAGAUUCAGUCAGGACGUCCACAUCAAAUCCGCAUUCAUCUUUCCUUUAUAGGGCACUCACUCAUUGGAGAUCCUCUGUAUGAUGCUGGUGGUCAUCCAAAAUGCUUAAAAUCAGAGUUAGGAGAUGGAGGUUUUGCAGAAGACGGAGGUUAUCAGAGGCCUAUGAAUCCUGUUCCUGGAGACUGCGGCUACUACUUGCAUGCCCAUCGAUUGGUUCUUCAUCAUCCAACCGCAGGCAAGGUAAUUGAAAUCACUGCUGCUCUCCCAUCUAUCCUACAAACACAGGAUGAAGCCAAUCAAAAGGAGCAUGCCACCCAGUCGGACACUGCUGAAGCUGUUUGUGAAUAGCAGCAACAAAUGUAGCAAUCAAAUCUUCCCCUGUUUAAGAAUAGGAACUGUUUCUCUGUUUAGAUCAUUUAGUUG